CCUAAUUGUUGGUAGUUUAAAUGUAACUAUUAACUGAUUAUAUUGCUUUUGCUUUUAACUAAGUUUGAACACAGUAUAGAAUUGAGACGUAGCCUCUGGAAAUCAAAGCUCAGGGGCGAAAUAUAUACGUAAACUCAGCAGGUAUCUCGUCCAUUUUUUGUUAUUAACGACAGACGAUCUGUCUCACUGCCACAAAAAACAAUCGGUUAGCCACUCAUAAUGUCUGUUCGUUACAGAUUUGUUCUUCACUCAGUGGAGUAAUGGCGUAAUAUUCUUCGCUAACAAACCUAAUUUUUUACAUUUACAACUAUUAACCUUUAAUCACCUUCCAAUUAACUUUUGAAAUGACAUUAGACUGGUGUGUCUUAACUGAAUUUAAAUUUCAUUACAGUAAUCAAAAAUAAGUCGAACUUCUGACCAAAGCACGAAUAUGAUUGGAGGUGCCAAUUUACAGUUGCAGUAGACACAUAAAUACACUUCAGUGUUUUAUCACUGUCUACCUGAGUCAUAGUUUUUACGACUGUUUCCAAUUAGUGUCGUAGCAUUACUGUAGAUUCGAAAACAACUGGUUUUAACUCAUCUUAUGACCGUUUCUCUGAUAUCAAAGUAUAUUUCUAUGAAGAUUUGACCGCCAGUUCUGGAACAGCAAAUGAAUUAAAACGUUUCUGAAGGGAACUUAGGAUUUUGAACUGAACAGUAACUGUGUUAAGUCUGGAGGACUUUUACUUACAGAGUGGACCAAUAUUGCUAAAUAAAUUACGCCGCUCUGUGACUGUCGUUUUGCAUUUCAAGUUAGAAGUUUUGUUUCUUAUUUUAUUGUACAUAAUGUCAAUCACUGAUUAUGUUUUGACAAUAGUUAGUUCCAUAUCAGUUUUGCAGCAUAAAAAGCCUCAUAACAGAGAAACACAAGAAUCGUGAUACAGUUCAUAUCUUCGGAUAUAAUAAAGGACGAAAAAACUAAUUUUUUCGUCAUUGCCUCCCCAAAUCAUCCUUAUUGACUCCUAAGCCUUGAAGCGCUGGAGAUAUGUUUCUUAUUGAACUAUGAAAUACGAUAUGUCAUUGGUAUCGAAGACUCACCUGUUUAACAUUAGGUGCUAUAAGUCCAUAAUUUGUUUUUAUAUUUAAUUUCCCUCAGCAACUGUUCAGCCAUACACUGAAGCUGUUUUAGAUAUGAGCAAGAAGCAUGAACGAUUGUUUUAGAAUCUUAUUUUAAGUUGCAACAUCUUCAAUAUUCAUAUAGAGUUUUAUCUUAAUAUUCACGUAAUAUUCUAUACAUGUUUCCGAUUGAUGAUGCUAGAUAUUAAAACUAAUCAGUUAAUUCUCUUUUAUUUCAGCUGAUAGUAAGUUUCCCGGAUGGAAGUUAUGUGGUGUUAGUCCCUGGGAAAUGGGUGACAAAUAUGAAGGCGAUAUAGUGGUCUCAACAACACUUGAAUUGAGAACUGUUCUUAGGGACAAGGAAAGGAAGUGGCCAACCACCGAGAUUCCGUAUCGCAUUGAAACCUUGUAUUUCUAUGAUGAGGAAACAGAAAGAAUAAAAGCUGCCAUCGAAGAGUUCAAUAAUUUCACUUGUGUGAGUUUUCGGCCUGCCACGGAAAAUGACACGGAUUAUAUUGUAAUAACUGGUAAAACGGACGGCUGCUACACAACGAUUGGGAGAGCAGGCGGCGAACAGGUGCUUAAUUUGGAGCCUCCGGCUUGUAUUUACAAGAAAGGCUGUAUAUUCCAUGAAUUCAUGCAUGCCCUUGGAUUCAGUCAUGAGCAUAAUUCACCUAUACGUGACAAAUACGUUCGAAUACACACGAAAAAUAUCGCAAAAGGUAAAGAAAGCUUUUUAAAAAAGCUUAAUCCUGAAGAUGUAACAGAUUACGGAUAUGAUUACGACUAUAACAGCAUUAUGCAUGGCGGCAGGAAAGCAUACUCCGGAAACAACAGAAGUACAAUUGAGCCAGUCCUCAAGAACAAGUAUCAGACAUUUAUGGAGCCAUAGAAGGCGUGAAUAAGGUAUCUUGUGUGAAGUUCCGGGAAGC